CGCGGGAACCCGGGCCGCCUGCGCGAAGCCCCGCCCCGGCCGCCGAGCCCGGCGCGGCCGGGCGGGAUGCCCCGCGGCCGCAGCACUUUGGCCCGAGCACUGCGCUGAGCAGUCCGCCGAGCGGGCGCCAUGGAGCAGUGGCGGCAGUGCGGCCGCUGGCUCAUCGACUGCAAGGUCCUGCCGCCCAACCACCGGGUUGUGUGGCCCUCGGCCGUGGUCUUCGACCUGGCGCAGGCGCUGCGCGACGGCGUCCUCCUGUGCCAGCUGCUGCACAACCUCUCCCCUGGCUCCAUCGACCUCAAGGACAUCAACUUUCGGCCGCAGAUGUCCCAGUUCCUGUGUUUGAAGAACAUACGCACCUUCCUUAAAGUCUGCCACGAUAAAUUUGGAUUAAGAAACAGUGAACUGUUUGACCCCUUCGACCUCUUCGAUGUCCGAGACUUUGGGAAGGUCAUCUCUGCGGUGUCGAGACUGUCCCUGCACAGUGUGGCCCAGAACAAAGGGAUCAGGCCUUUUCCCUCAGAGGAGACGGCAGAAAAUGAUGACGAUGUCUACCGCAGCCUGGAGGAGCUGGCUGACGAGCAUGACCUGGGGGACGACAUCUACGACUGCGUCCCGUGCGAGGAUGAAGGGGACGACAUCUACGAGGACAUCAUCAAGGUGGAGGUGCAGCAGCCCAUGAUUAGAUACAUGCAGAAAAUGGGCAUGACCGAGGAUGACAAAAGGACCUGCUGCUUGCUGGAGAUUCAGGAGACCGAGGCCAAGUACUACCGGACUCUGGAGGACAUCGAGAAGAACUACAUGGCCCCCCUGAGACUGGUGCUGAGCCCGGCGGACAUGGCGGCUAUCUUCAUCAACCUGGAGGACCUCAUUAAGGUGCACCACAGCUUCCUGAGGGCCAUCGACGUGUCCAUGAUGGCGGGGGGCAGCACUCUGGCCAAGGUCUUCCUCGAGUUCAAGGAGAGGCUCCUGAUCUACGGGGAGUACUGCAGCCACAUGGAACACGCCCAGAAUGCACUGAACCAGCUCCUCGCCAGCCGGGAGGACUUCAGACUGAAAGUUGAGGAAUGCACACUGAAGGUCCAGGACGGGAGGUUCAAGCUGCAGGACCUGUUGGUGGUGCCCAUGCAGAGGGUGCUGAAGUACCACCUUCUCCUGAAGGAACUUCUGAGCCAUUCCACUGACCGGCCGGAGAGGCAGCAGCUGAAAGAAGCACUGGAAGCCAUGCAGGACUUGGCAAUGUACAUAAAUGAAGUGAAACGGGACAAAGAGACCCUAAAGAAAAUCAGCGAAUUCCAGAGUUCUAUAGAGAACUUGCAAGUGAAACUGGAGGAAUUUGGGAGGCCGAAGAUCGACGGGGAGCUGAAGGUCCGGUCCAUAGUCAACCAUACCAAGCAGGACAGGUACUUGUUCCUGUUUGACAAGGUGGUCAUCGUCUGCAAGAGGAAGGGCUACAGCUACGAGUUGAAGGAGAUCAUCGAGCUGCUCUUCCACAAGAUGACCGACGACCCCAUGAACAACAAGGACAUCAAGAAGUCUCAUGGGAAAAUGUGGUCCUACGGCUUCUAUCUAAUUCACCUACAAGGAAAGCAGGGCUUCCAGUUCUUCUGCAAGACAGAAGACAUGAAGAGGAAAUGGAUGGAGCAAUUUGAGAUGGCCAUGUCCAACAUCAAGCCUGACAAAGCCAACGCCAAUCACCACAGCUUCCAGAUGUACACGUUCGACAAGACCACCAACUGCAGAGCCUGCAGGAUGUUCCUCAGGGGAACCUUCUACCAGGGGUACCUGUGCACCAAGUGUGGCGUUGGGGCGCACAAGGAGUGUCUGGAAGUGACACCUCCCUGCAAGAUCAGUUCACCUGCAGACCUGGACGCCUCUGGAGCAGGACCGGGUCCUAAGAUGGUGGCUGUGCAGAAUUACCAUGGCAACCCUGCUCCCCCGGGGAAGCCGGUGCUGACCUUCCAGACGGGCGACGUGAUCGAGCUACUGAGAGGGGACCCUGAGUCUCAGUGGUGGGAGGGUCGGCUGAUGCAAACCAGGAAGUCAGGCUACUUUCCCAGUGUGUCUGUGAAGCCCUGCCCUGUGGAUGGAAGGCCGCCCAUCGGCCGGCCGCCGUCCCGGGAGAUCGACUACACUGCCUACCCCUGGUUUGCAGGCAACAUGGAGAGGCAGCAGACAGACAACCUGCUCAAAUCCCACGCCAGCGGGACCUACCUGAUCCGGGAGCGGCCGGCUGAGGCUGAGCGCUUCGCCAUAAGCAUCAAGUUCAACGACGAGGUGAAGCACAUCAAGGUGGUGGAGAAGGACAGCUGGAUCCACAUCACAGAAGCAAAGAAAUUUGAAAACCUCUUGGAGUUGGUGGAGUACUACCAGUGCCACUCACUCAAGGAGAGCUUCAAGCAGCUGGACACCACACUCAAGUACCCCUACAAGUCUCGGGAACGCGCGGCCUCCAGGGCUUCCAGCCGGUCCCCAGUGUUCACGCCCCGUGUCAUCGGCACGGCCGUGGCCAGGUACAACUUUGCCGCCCGGGACAUGCGCGAGCUCUCACUGCGGGAAGGCGACGUGGUGAAGAUCUACAGCCGCGUUGGCGGGGACCAGGGCUGGUGGCGGGGCGAGACGAAUGGACGGAUCGGCUGGUUUCCUUCAACGUAUGUAGAAGAGGAGGGCGUCCAGUGACGGCAAGAACACAGACAGGACUCACGGAUUUUCUUGAAAGGGUCUCUGCUGCUCUGAAGUCCGUCUCCAGCUCCGUGACUCAGAGGGGAAAAUGCCUGCUGACCUUUCGGUCUCCAACAACCCAUAGGGAUGGGUGGGGGUGCAAAAUCCCAAACGCGAACUGCCUCACCUCAGUCUGCCCUCGGUGGCCUGUCCUGGGUCCGCAACUUGUACAUAGAGAAAAUCUGGGCCAGCCCUGCUGUGGCUGCCACCACCAGAGCGCUGAGGAGAAUGAGCGCCAGCAGCGUUCCUAGCCAAGCUCUGGGUGACAGCUGAGGCCAAAGCUCAUCUUGCCCCUGUCUCGUCGAGAUGGCAUUCAGGAGCCUAGGUUUGAACAGCAGAUGCUGUCCCAGGGAGGGCUGGGGACAGCAGAGGGGCCUUUCCCCACCCUUCCUGCUCUUCCCCUGGACUGUGGGCCCUCUUGCUUCCUGCUGCUCCCAGGGGUGGCUUCAGGCCUGAGUGGCAGUAGGGCCCCUGUGUAGCCCUGGCUGUGCUGAGUGGAGGGGAGAGCGUUGCAAAGGGCCUGUGAAGUCCCCCUGGACCUCCUCAUGUCCCUCUGCCCCAGGGGCAUGCAGAGCCCCCCAGGGCAAGUCCCUCUCUCGGGAGGGUGCCUUAGGACGAGGAAAUUGCUGACCCUACUCCCUAGUCAAUGGUACUGUCUUCGCCCUGAAUCCGAGGUGUGUGUCUGUCCUGUCCUGCUGCCAGGUGGAGACGUCUGUCAACCCUGCUACGGGUGGGGAGAAAACAGGGUUUUCACCUCGCUCUGUCCCUGCUGCUCACGUCCUCUCCAGAGGAGGCCCCCCUGCUCCCGUGCAGGCGGGCCCUCGGGGUCUCCUGUAUCCUGCAGGGUGGUCUCUGCCAGUCCCCCCAGCCUUUGCACAGGAGGUCAGCUCUCACCCUUGGCAGGUCUUCCUGCCCAGGGCUCCUGCAGCUCAUGGACUGGCCUGUGGCCAGCCCAAAAUAAGUGCUCUUGGGGUGGCUCUACCCCCGUAAUGCCCCCUCCUGACUUCUCCUGGCCUUUGACCUUUGGCUGGCUUGGCCAGACCCUGUUUUCUCUGCCUGGAUGUUGCAUGAGAUCUAGUGACAUUCUGAGCUCCAUGCCGAAUCUACUGGUGAAGCCUGGGCUUCACGUGUGCCCUCUCCCUUCGGGCAGCGGCACAGCCCUGUGCAGGGAGCAGGCCGACGCUGGGCGUUGGGACAGCUGGCCCCUGUUGGCGCGGGUGCUGGUUGCCACGCUGCACCCUGGGGUUCCUCUGAGGCCACUCUUGUUGCCUCCAGGCUUGGCUCUCACAUUCAGCCUGCUGGCGUGGGAAGGAGGCAGAGGGGUCCGAGAUGGCGGACAGCCAGGAGGAGCGACAAGGCAGCCUGCAAAGGCUUGAGAAGUGAGGCAGAACAGGAUCACGUUUGGGGGCCCUGGAGCCAGGGGGAGGAAGAAUGAGCCUGGAGGGAACAGACCCGAAUCCCUAUCGUAGGGUGCACCCAGCACUUUGCACGAGCCCAGGGUGGGAGGGCAGAAACCAGCCGGCCCCUUUUUGUUUACUGUUGUCGGAAAGGUUUUGUUUCUUGUUUUUGUUGUUUUGUUUUCAGUUUGGCUGUUUGCUUUUUAAGGGAAAAAGAAGUUUGUAAUUAUUUCAUCCAAAGCUCCCAUUAUGUGUCUGAAAAGGAAGAGAUUUUAUAAUAGCCAGAGAACCGUGUGCAUUUGAGGUCCUCGUAAAACAAGUCGUCAUGAUAGUGGAGGACACUGAGAAAACAAUUUAGAACCCUGGUUUUUGUGAAUGUUUUGUUUAGUUUGUUUUGAAACCUGGAUUUGGUUCGCUUUUCUUUUUGCACUGCACAAGGCAGGAAGGGCGGAGGGCCGGGGCAGGCAGGGGUGCUGGUGUUUUCGGCCGGAGACGGGACGCCCUCUGGAGGGGGCUUCGAACCUGGGGCCUGAGAUGAGCUGUGAACAUAGGUGCCCGAUGCAUGCGCGUCAGGGGCCUGGAGGCGACCCCAACGAGAACACAAACUGUACAUUUGACGAUAGGUCUUUUCAGACCACGGUUUUUACUGCAAAUAAACCUGAAUUCUUUUCUGCAGGAGUGGCUGGCCUUUC